AACUUCGAUAUUUUAAAAUAAUACGAUAGAGUGGUCAUGUUCAGAGGAAUUGUAUAUCUAGUCUUGGUAACCGUUGUUUUUGGAUUUCCAUGGUUUAGAAAUAAUAUUCCAAACGGAAAUUUAGUACCAGAUCCUUGCAACGGACAGACUGAUCAGAUAUGGCGAGGAGUAGGACACGACAAGGAACCAGGAGGAGGGGCUCGAAAUCAAUUUGGACUGGACUUUAAGACCGCUGGAUUUAAAUGGACAAAGGAACUGUGUCAAACAGAUUCAGACCAAGAUGGUCGUACAAAUGGACAAGAACUUGGAGACCCAGACUGCACGUGGAUAAAAGGCGGAACUCCUAGUGGGGCUGCAUCUGGUCACCCAGGUAUUUGUGAACCCCUGAAUGAUUCCAAAUGUGAAACAGUAAAUAAAGAUAUAAAAUGUCCAUGGAACACAGGAAAAUGAUGCAUAUUUGGUCAUUGUGUGUAAGAAUUAUCUCGGAAUAGAAGAGCCAAUAUUUAUUUGCAACGCAGCCUUUUUGUUAAAUAAAAAAAGUAAGCAUUUUUUUGCCGAAAACUU